UUUUUCAACUGGUUCACUUGAAUGUCAAUAGUGCACUUUGGUAGCGUGGUGCAAGAGCACCGUCUACUGUCAGUCUAGAGUAUUGCGACAAAGUGCUUAUUUUCAUAUCCAUACUGUGUACAUAUCCCAAGUACCAUUUGUAAAAGUGGUUGUGUAACCCUUAUGUAUAGGUAAUACAUAGUAGUGACAAUGGUAAAAUUAGGCAGUAUGAGGCCAAUGGUUUAAAGUUCAUUGUCUUUUACAUCCUUCUUCCUACCUCUCCCAAAGGUUGUUUACAGUAGAUUUAACUCCUCCCUCUCCCUUCCAUGAGGGCCUAAUUCCGAUUGGAUGACUGACUGUAAUUUGAGAUAGAAGAUGCCCCAGCAGGUUUAACCAACUCAACAACACCUGAAACCAGGUGCUCUCAGUCCCUGUCCUUCAGCCUUAUGAACAUGAGCAACUGGGGGAAAACAUCCAACAUAAGUUACCAGCAAUGGAGGGAUCCUGAAAUCAGUGUGGUGACGUUUCGAGGUACAGCGGGAGACAGUCUGCGUCACGAUGAGGAGGAUCAGUGUGGAGACUAUGAGGUCUACACCACGGGGAUGCACACUGUGGACCUUGGGGAGCGCAGGACAGGACAGGACCCCACUGAAGAUACCUUUACGGUGGAGGAUGCAGUGGAGGCCAUUGGCUUUGGAAAGUUUCAGUGGAAGCUUUCUAUCCUUACUGGACUGUCAUGGAUGGCGGACGCCAUGGAGAUGAUGAUCCUGAGCAUCAUAUCCCCUCAGUUGCACUGUGAGUGGAUGCUGCCCAGCUGGAAGGUGGCUAUGCUAACAUCGGUGGUGUUCAUUGGGAUGAUGUUCAGCUCGACUCUAUGGGGAAAUAUAUCUGACAAGUACGGCAGAAAAGUAGGCCUGACGAUGUGUAUGAUGUGGGUCCUAUACUACGGCUUCCUCAGUGCCUUUUCCCCGACGUAUGGCUGGGUCAUGGUGCUGCGCGGCCUGGUGGGCUUUGGCAUCGGAGGAGCCCCACAGUCGGUGACGUUGUACUCUGAGUUCCUCCCAAGGAAGUCAAGGGCCACCUGCGUUAUGCUGAUUGAGAUAUUCUGGGCCCUUGGCGCUGUGUUUGAGGUCCUUCUGGCCAUCUGGCUCAUGCCUACCAUGGGCUGGCGCUGGCUGCUUGGCCUGUCUACUGCACCCCUGGUGGUCUUUGUUACCUUCUGUUUUUGGCUACCUGAGAGUCCCCGCUUUGAUGUGCUUUCGGGAAACAGGGAAAAUGCUAUGAAAACGUUAAGACUCAUCGCUGCUGACAAUGGGAAGACCAUGCCUCUUGGGAAGCUUAUUGCCAAUAAACAGCAGGAGGAGCGUGGUAGGAUCCGAGAUCUCUUAACUCCUCAAUAUCGCAGAACCACUCUUCUCCUGUGGUUUAUAUGGUUUGCCAAUGCCUUCUCCUACUAUGGCCUGGUCCUCCUGACCACUGAGCUAUUCCAGGCAGGAGACGCGUGUGGUGUCAUCACCCAAGGUGCAAAGACUGAGCCAAAGUGCAACCUGGAAUGCAAAUACUUGACGUUAGAUGACUACAAAGACCUACUCUGGACCACCUUAGCUGAAUUUCCAGGUCUUUUUGUGACAUUGUUUGUGAUCGAUCGGAUUGGCAGGAAGAAAAGCAUGGCAAUGUGUUUCCUGAUGUUCUCUGUGUGCAUUCUGCCCCUGUACGCUUGUGUUGGAAGGGUAGCUCUGACAGUCUUCAUCUUCAUCGCCAGAGCGUUCAUCACUGGGGGAUUCCAAGUUGCUUAUGUCUACACACCUGAGGUAUAUCCCACAGCCACCAGAGCUCUGGGCAUCGGGACCUGCAGUGGGAUGGCAAGGGGGGGUGCCCUUCUAACUCCCUUUGUGUCACAGGUGCUGCUCAAGAAGUCUGUGUACCUCACACUGUCUGUGUACUGCAUCUUUUGCCUGCUGGCCACAGGAGCAUCCAUGCUGUUGCCCAUUGAGACCACAGGCCUGGGCCUGCAGGAGUCUAGUCGAAUCACAGCCGGUCAGGAGGAGAUGAAAACAGGCCAGAUGUCAAAUGGCUCUGAGGCUUCACCAACGCAGACCAGCUAUGGAUCAUCCUAUAACAGCUGAUGAGGACACUAGGGUGGAGUAAGGCGUUGAGAGAAAUAAAGGGCACUUGAUUAUUCCCA